GAAUAUGGAUAUAAACUCACACGCGUUCCCCAGAUUCCUCCAUGAUGCCCUCGAUAUCGCCAUUGGCUUCUCUCCGAGGACAACGUACGCCGCCGACUUUGCGCCAGGGCUCGCAACUUGUUCGAAAUCAUGACCGCCGCCACUGCUGACGACAAAACUUCCGGCGAGCCCAUGGCGGCCGAGGUUACUCACCACCACUGCGUCGACAAGGACACGCCUGUCGAGAACGCCAUCGGACAAGAACACGAGCUCACCCUGGGCCAGGUAUUUAGGCACCACAAAGCAGUUGCCUGGUGGUGUUUCUACUGGGCCAUGUGUGCUGUCGGUUGGGGUUUCGAUGCGCAGAUCAACGGCGCCAUGAUAGCCGUGGCAGCUUUCAGGCGCGACUUUGGCUACGUACUCGACGGCGAAGCGAUCCUCCCGGCGGAUUGGCAGACGGCAUUCAACAUGAUCAGCACCGUAGGCCAGUUCUUUGGUGGAUUUCUCUGCAGCUGGCUUGCCGACCGCAUUGGCCGCAAGAACUCGCUUGGCCUCGGCAUCCUCCUCUGCACUGGCGGCGCCAUAGGAGAGAUCCUCUCCCACACCCGCCCGGCGUUCCUCGGCUCGAAGCUGGUUUUGGGUGUCGGCCUCGGCUUCUACCUGACCCUUGCGCCCUUGGCUUGCAGUGAGAUUGCGCCGGUUGCCCUUCGCGGCUAUGCCACAGCUGGUAUCAACCUAGGUAUUGCCAUUGGUCAGCUCCUGUCAAACGCCGUCGUCAAGGCUUUUGGCGAACGUGACGAUCGCUGGGCGUACGCCGGCCCCUUCGCCACUCAGCUGUUCUUCGUUGCCUUCCUUGUCGCAUUCCUGCCCUUCGCCCCCGAGACGCCGUGGUACCUCGCACGCAAGGGAAAGAGAGAGCAAGCACUGAAGGAGAUCCGCAAGUUAUUUGGCAGCGAAUACGAUGCUGAGAAGAGACUGCUGGCUCUUAUGGCCACAAUCGACGAGGAAGCAUCAAGCCAGAGCAAGGAGCUGGGCUUCAUCGACUGCUUCCGGGGCACCAACAGGCUGCGGACGGGAAUCUCCACCGGCGUCUUCUUGUGCCAGCACCUUGUGGGUAUCGUCUUUGUGCUGGGCUACUCGACCUACUUCUUCCAGCUUGCCGGCUUCCAGCGUUCCAAAUCGUUCGACCUCGGUGUCGGCGUGACUGCCUGCGGUGUCUUCGGCAAUAUCGUCAGCUGGUUCGUGGUGGAGCGGUACGGCCGCCGGCUGGUCUUCAUCUCUGGUAUGGGCACCUUGACUUUUAUCCUGCUGCUCAUCGGUAUCAUGGACGUGGUGCCCACAAGCGCAGCCAGCUGGGUGCAAGCUUCUGUCACGGUCAUUUAUGCCUUCGUCUACUUUCUCACCAUCGGGGCCAUGGCCUUUGCUGUCCUUGGCGAGACCUCGAGCACCGUGCUGCGUGCCAAGACCAUCUCCCUGGCCACGGCCACUCAGGCAAUCUGUGGCCUGGUCAUGAAUGCCGCCAUUCCGUACAUGGUCAACCCAGACCAGGCCAACCUGCGUGGCAAAGUGGGCUUCAUCUUUGGCGGAUUGGCGUUCAUCGCUACUGUUGGCAGUUGGAUCUAUGUUCCUGAGCUCAAGGGAAAGACUUUUGGUGAGAUUGAUCGUCUCUUUGCCGCUAAGGUGCCUCCACGGAAGAUGGGCAAUUAUGGCGGGCGUGAAGAGACUUCCCAUUGAGACCGCGCUUGUUCUGGCGAUGCUCCUGCAUCUCCACAUAGUUUUCAAGCGAUGAUGUACAGAUACUGAGUGAUACUAAUGUUGACUACUUGAAC